UGGGUAUAUGGUAUGAAAUGUUUUACUGACAAUUUUAGAAUUAUACGAGUACUCGAUGUAACACACCACAGGAACAUGCCAGAUUCCAAUGUAAUAUGACAGUCGAUGGCAAUCCAGAUCCUCAACCAACAGUAAGUGUGCUUCAAUAUACUGUAUUUAUUAUAUUAUUUAUUUAUCUACUCAAUAGCUGGCCAAAUAUAGAGUUUUGAUAAAAUAUUAAAUGGAGUGGCAUCAUAAUGUUGAUAUGGAAUAAUCAUUGAUAUCAUUGUUAUGUGCGUACGACAUGCAGUGGAGAUACGAAUAUGAAAUGUUGAAACACUCAUCAGCUUUGGUUGUGGAAGGCAAAUUUUGAAAUACUUACCAAUAAAAUACUUAUGAAAGAAAAAAAUUAUUUCGAUCAUUCGCAUCCGAUCUGUAUCUGAUAUACAAACUCUCGCCUUCGGCUCGAGUUUGUAUAUCAGAUAUAGAUCGGCUGCUCAUGUUUUAUCUAUUACUUAUAAAGUGAUACAAAAUACUGAUUUAUUGCAACCCAUUUUAUAGCUGGAAGAGGAAGUCCUGACAGACUUAAAUCAGAUAACACCUAAAAAAGUUUCAGCCAAAGUGCGUGUAGGUUGGUAUAUAUUGUAUACACUAGAUUUUUGUAUUAACUGUGAAACUUGAUGAUGGGUGGUGACCAAGAAGAUAUACACUCGCAUAUUUUGGGCCUGGCUCUUACAGUUUUGAAAAAUACUGAACACCGGUAUCAUAAAAUUAAUCUAUAAAGUAAAUAAUAUAAAUAUUAAUAUCAAUAUACACUCACAGUGUAUUACUGAUACAACUAGCCUGCCCUCAUUGAAGCAGAAAAGACGAACGGAGAACGAUGGCCUGAAAGAAACCACGGCUUUCCUGACUACUAAUUGUGACUACGUGCCGUUCAAUUUUGUAGGGUAUAGAAUGUGAUUGGUCAGUGCCAUACGUUCAUUGACUUGUUUAUAAUACGUCCAAGCGAAUACCUGUACAUUGUUAUAUUUCUUUGUCAAGAUCGACAUGUGUUUAGAUGUGGACCAUUAGAAAAGUGAUCGUGGGAGGGGGGGGGGGGGGGGGAUUUUCAGUUGUACAAUUUUUUUGUCGCUCGCUCGCUUGUGCUGGAUUUGUUUUGCGCAAUUUUAAAACAUCUACAGUACACUGUAUUUUCAUCUUUGCCCGAUAAAUCUCGAGUUCAAUAUUGGGCUCGAUAUUUCGUCUCGACUUAAUAUUUGAACAAUUCAAGUUAUAAUGUACAGCAACAUAUUUUGAAUGUGGACGUUAGUCUCUCAUGCUGUAAUAGGAAGUAGCGUCGUUUCAUAACUCCCUAUUUACUUGUGGAACAUUGUUGUUACUGCAGAAUACAUAAUUCUAAUUUGAACUUUGAAUUCGCGCUAAUUGUUGUUAAUCAGCUGCUGUAUGUAUGUAUUCUCUAUUUUUAACUUGUUUGAUAGCAACGGAUAUUUUCUAAAUAUUUUUAUUUGUUUCUAGGUGAGCCUAUUACAUUCACAUUAACAAUUGAACCUUCCGCGAACUAUCCUGUUGACUUUUACAUUUUGAUGGAUUUAUCUGCAACCAUGGAUGAUGAUUUAAAUACUCUUAAAAAGCUUGCACUGAAUAUUUGUAAGUUUGGAAAAUCGAAUACAGUUACCUACUCUCUAAUACACGUUGUCCAUUCCAAACGUUUCAUAACAAACAUGGCGUAUUUUUGUUUUGGAGAAAACUUAGCAGAACUAAUGCCACAGAAGUAA